AUGCCACCCCCAGCAGGAACUUCCCGCCAACGCGCCGCAAAAGACGUCGUCGAUGUCCUGAACGAAAUCUCCACGCUCCUGCACACCGGACUGGACAGGACCACGCUUUCGCUGUGUGUCUCGUUGAUCGAAAACGGCGUGAACCCUGAAGCUUUGGCUAAUGUGAUCAAGGAUCUUAGGAGGGAAGCACAAGCUUUGGAGGAGACGGACGGCCAUUGA